AAAACGGGGCAAAGAGAGCUGUAUUAUGUGAACACUUCCUGUCCCGCGCCAGCCCCUCCCUGGCAAGUUUGCCACAGGGCUGGCCUCUGAGGCAAUCUUCCGUGGAAGCCUCCUGUUCCUGCCCAGGGCUGCCUAUAAAUGCCAGGGCAGCACAGCUCUGUGGACAGCGCCGUGUAUCUGCUGGGCUCUGAGUGCAAAAAGAUGACCAGUGAGAUGUCACUGUUGGAACGCAGCUUAGAUACCACUAUCAAGACCUUCCACCGUUACUCCACACAGGAGGGGAACCUAGACACCUUGAGCAAGAAGGAAUUCAAACAGCUGGUGCAAAGGGAGCUGCCGAACUUCCUCAAGAAUGAGAGUAGAAAUGAAGCAGCCAUAAAUGACAUCAUGGAGGACCUGGACACAAACCUCGACCAGCAGCUGAGCUUCGAGGAGCUCACCAUGUUGCUUGCCAGGCUGAUCAAUGCCUCCCAUGAGAAGAUGCAUGAGGGGAACCAUCCCCGUGGUCAUGGCCACAGCCAUGGGCCAGGCCUCGGAGAGAGCGGCCAGCGCCAUUAAUCGGGAGGCCAAGCCACCCUGCACCUGCCCGCCAGGCUCACCAGAAGUGUGUGCCACACCAUCUGGGCUGUGGGGCUGGGGAUGGGGGAAAUAAAGUCUUCUUGCAUGCCAGU